AUGACGGACAUCAAAUCAACGCAACAAUCCGUCAAAAGGGUGUUGAAGCCGGUCCCUGAUCACGGGACUCGUGUGCAAUCUUCCAAGACGAGAUCCUCUCAUCAAUUUGCCCUUCUCGGCUCUUUGCCGGAGCCUGAAAUCAUCCAGAUCAACACUACGUCGGUGCCGCAGCCGUUCCUGGAGCCGGAGAAGCUGGAGCAGUGGAAAUGA